UGUGUGUGUGCUCCCUGGCAUUACUGGGCAGCAUCAGGCAGAGACAGUGUGAGCCAGCGACAGACAUGGAGGAAAGCAGAGGUUAAGAUCCGGGAACAAGGAGACACCCAAGAAGGAAAAAAGUAGAUUUAAUGGCUCAGGAUGACCGUCACAUACUCCAGUAAAGUCGCCAACGCCACCUUCUUCAGCUUCCACCGGCUGCUGCUGCGCUGGAGGGGGAGCAUCUACAAGCUGCUGUACCGAGAGUUCACGCUGUUCGCCGUGCUCUACACCGUCCUGAGUCUCGUGUACAGGUUCCUGCUCUCUAAACAUCAGAAGAUACUGUUUGAGAAACUCUCCAUCUACUGUGACAGAUACGCGGAGCAGAUCCCCGUCACCUUCGUCCUGGGCUUUUACGUGACUCUGGUGGUGAACCGCUGGUGGAACCAGUUCGUGAACCUGCCGUGGCCCGACAGACUCAUGUUCCACAUCUCCAGCUGCGUCCAGGGGAAGGACGAGUACGGCCGCCUGCUGCGCCGCACGCUGGUGCGCUACGUCAACCUGACCUCGCUCCUCAUCUUCCGCUCCGUCAGCACCGCCGUCUGCAAGCGCUUCCCCACCAUGGACCACGUGGUGGAGGCAGGUUUCAUGACUCCGGAGGAGAGGAAGGUGUACGACAACAUCCGCUCCCCUCACCUGAAGUACUGGAUUCCUGUGGUGUGGUUCUCCAACCUGGCGUCUAAAGCUCGGCAGGAAGGACGCGUCCAGGACAGCAUCGACCUCCAGAACCUUCUCAAUGAGCUGAAUCACUUCAGAACCUGGUGUGCCACUCUGUUCGGCUACGACUGGGUCGGCGUCCCGCUGGUUUACACGCAGGUCGUCACUCUUGCUGUCUACACCUUUUUCUUCGCCUGUCUGAUCGGUCGGCAGUUCCUCGACCCAGCCCGCGGCUACCAGGGGCACGACCUGGACCUUUACGUCCCCAUCUUCACUCUCCUGCAGUUCUUCUUCUACGCCGGCUGGCUGAAGGUAGCGGAGCAGCUCAUCAAUCCGUUUGGGGAGGACGAUGACGAUUUCGAAGCCAACUGGAUCAUCGACAGGAACCUUCAGGUGUCUCUGCUGGCGGUGGAUGAGAUGCACAUGAACCUGCCUCACAUGACCAAAGACAUGUACUGGAACGACUGCGACGCCCGCCCGCCCUACACGCUGGCUGCAGCCGACUCCUGCAUCCCCUCCUUCCUGGGCUCCACCACCGACAUGGGACUCUCUGACAUCCUGCAGUGUGAUGAGGCCGACGCCGGAGACGUUGAUCCGCGGCGGCAGGGCUCCAUCACGGCCAGACGUCAGGAAUCGGUCCUGGGACGCGUCCGCCGCCUGCUGAGCGUCCAGGAGCCCCCCGACCUCCGGCCUCCUCAGACCUUCCUGAAACGACACAGCAGUGACGCCGCGUGGAGCUUCUUCCAGGACGUCAGGGUCAACGACCUGGCUCCUCCUGACACCCUGUUCACCCUGAGGGAAGUGAGCAGCAACCCUCCGUCCCCCGACAGCUCCUCGUCGGCCGUGUUCCCCCAGCUCCUCGUCAGUCCGCCUCUUCCCACUGAUGCCUGUUACCGUCGGGAUUCUGGUACCGCCAGCGUGGUGAGACCUCAGAACGGACUGGAUCCCUCCCCCACAACAGAGGCAGCAGGAUUGGAAAGUAGAAGGACCAGCUUCUCCAUGAGUUGGUCCCCCACUCAAACUCAACUGGGCCCAAAGGAGUUUCGCUGGACAACAGCUAAUAGCCAGCAGGGUCCGAGCCGGCCGCGGCGGCGCCAGUUCUCUCUGCAGUUCUCCAGACAGACGUCCAAGGCCUCGGUACGCAGCCUGCCCAGCCCCAAGGCCCUGGGGAGGAGGCGGAGGGCCCUGGUUCGCGCCCAGUCCAGACGGUCACCGGGUCCGGCGGCCGACACGCUGCAGGUGCCUGACAUCGAGUUCGACCAUGAAUUCCAGGGUGUGGCAGCGAAUGAGGAUGAGGAGGAUGAAGGACACGGCACGAAGGAGGAGAUCAAGGAAAACGACCAGUCACACAGUUCAGAAAGGAAAUGAGAAACAGGACGCAUGUUUAACUCCAGACGGACUCACAUGGGACCAGGAUCAGUCCUAGUCCAGAGGACGGAGCGAGUCCUGGGUCCAGACUGUGACCCGCUGUUCACAGCCUGAAUGGACGGUGGUUCCGACGGGACACGGAUCCCCAGCUGCUGGUGUGACUUUAAUCCUUCCAGGAAGUGACGACUGUUACGUUUGUCUGGCUUGUAAAUGUCUUUGACUUAAUCAUCUGCUGCGUUUGUGGCUGCCAUAAUAAAACUCUGACUCUGACGCUGAA